AUGGCUUACGUGUUGUCUUCAUCGUCAUCGUAUCAUUACAUCCUAAGUGACAGUCUGCAGCAUAUAAAAGCAUGCUCGAACAAUGCAAAGCCAGUCAACCCACCAAAGACACCUCCUGCACAACCUCUCACUCACAAGAUGAUUUAUCAAGCCACAGUAAUUCUGGUUGUGUUGGUCGUCGCCCAUGCCUUCCCUGGCAACUACGGCCCAGUGUAUGCCUCUGUCCCUUUACCUUACGGCUUCAACUACGCCGUGAACGACGCUUACAAGGGAACCAACUUCGGCCAGAGUGAGAAGUCCGACGGGAACAGCGUCUGGGGAUCCUACACCGUCGCCCUCCCCGACGGUCGCAAACAAACCGUGGACUACACAGCUGACCACGGCAGGGAUUCGUGGCCAAGGUCAGCUUCUCCGGCAAGGCUCAGCACCCCAAAGUUUCUGGUCCUGCCGUCGUCUUCCCUCAAAACGGAGGCGGAUAUCAUUAAAUGA